AGAAAACGAGCCAAUUUAUAACUGAAUUUCAGCGACUUCCUUGAUUCGAUACUUAUUCAACGAACCAGAGCGAGUUAGAACGAAGGAGCGACACCAAAAUUUGCAAUACACAUGGAAUUAAGAAGCGGAUUUCCGCUUCUUCUUCAGCAAUACCAGGCGCUGUUCAAGAAGAAUCUCUUGCUUUCAUGGCGGAGCAAGAGGGCUACUUUUCUCCAGCUAUUUUCCUCUCUCUUUUUCAUAUUCCUCAUUUUUUGUAUUCAGAAAGCUAUUGAGGCUCGCUUUAGCUCUUCAACUGCCUUGAACGAUGUUCGCAAUCCGGAACUUCUGGCUAACCCUCCGAUUCCGCCUUGCGAGGAUAAGUACUACAUAAAGCUUCCUUGUUAUGAUUUCGUGUUUAGCGGCAGCUCCAGCGCCAAGGUUCGCAGCAUUGUCGGCGCUAUUAUGGCCAAUAAUCCCGGCCGACCGAUUCCUCCGGAUAAGGUACGAUCAUUUGGUACACCUGCUGAAGUAGAUCGAUGGCUUUUAAACAACCCUAUGACUUGCCCUGGUGCCUUGCAUUUCACUGAAAGAAAUGGAACUGUGAUUAGUUAUGGUAUACAAACUAAUUCUACCGCUGUGGCAAGGAGAGGACACUACGAAGACCCCACGUUUAAAUUUCAAAUUCCACUCCAGAUAGCUGCAGAGCGUGAAAUUGCUCGAUCUUUGAUUGGGGUUCCCAACUUUAGCUGGGUUAUCAACUUCAUGGAAUUUGCACACCCUCCAGUGGACAAUUUCUCUGCAGUGAAUACUGUUGGACCAACAUUUUUCCUAGCCAUUGCUAUGUUUGGCUUUGUACUUCAAAUUAGUUCCUUGAUCACAGAAAAAGAGCUCAAACUUCGCCAGGCAAUGACAAUGAUGGGUCUGUAUGAUACUGCAUAUUGGCUGUCGUGGCUUACAUGGGAAGGAAUUACCACGCUCAUUGCAUCUCUUUUAACUGUUCUGUUUGGAAUGAUGUUUCAGUUUGAUUUUUUCUCUAAAAACAACUUUGCGAUCGUGUUUCUCGUCUUUUUCCUCUUCCAACUCAAUAUGGUUGGAUUUGCUUUUAUGCUAUCGGCCUUUAUAAGCAAGUCGUCUUCAUCCACUACUGUUGGCUUCUCCAUCUUUAUUGUUGGAUUUCUCACUCAGCUUGUCACAGCAUUUGGAUUUCCUUAUUCAAACGACUUCUCAAAAUUUUUUCAAGUCAUCUGGUCCUUGUUCCCGCCUAACCUUCUUGCAAAAGCUCUUUCUCUGCUCUCUGAUGCCACUUCCACCCCCGGAGAUUCAGGAAUCAGCUGGAGUAGACGCACAGAGUGUGCCCCAAAUGAUACCGAGUGUGUCAUAACUAUAAAUGAUAUUUAUUUAUGGCUUGUGGGAACAUUCUUCUUAUGGGUUUUCUUGGCCAUCUACCUCGACAACAUCAUCCCAAAUGCCGCUGGUGUGAGAAAGUCAGUCUUUUACUUUUUGAGGCCAGGAUAUUGGACAGGGAAAGGAGGAAGUAAAGUUGAAGAGGGUGGCAUCUGCAGUUGCUUUGGUUCACUUCCAACAUUGGAACCGAUAACUCCAGAUGAUGAAGAUGUCCUUGAAGAGGAAAACACAGUGAAACGACAACUUUCAGAAGGAAUAGUGGAUUCAAAUGUUGCGGUUCAAAUACGUGGCCUUGCAAAGACAUAUCCUGGAGCUUGGAAGGGCAACUCAUUUUGCUGCUGUAAAUGCAAGAAAACUCCUCCUUACCAUGCUGUCAGGGGCUUAUGGGUGAACUUUGCUAAGGAUCAACUAUUUUGUCUUCUUGGACCAAAUGGUGCUGGGAAAACCACAGCAAUCAAUUGUUUGACUGGGAUUACACCGGUGACUGGUGGAGAUGCAUCAAUAUAUGGAUAUUCUGUUCGUGACUCUGUUGGCAUGGCAAACAUUCGGAGAAUUAUUGGUGUUUGUCCACAGUUUGAUAUACUGUGGGAUGUCUUGUCUGGGCAAGAACACCUCCAUCUUUUUGCUACAAUAAAAGGCCUUCCACCAUCUUCUAUAAAAUCGAUUGCUGAGAAGUCGUUGGAAGAAGUAAGACUCACUCAGUCUGCAAAGACAAGAGCUGGUAGUUACAGUGGGGGAAUGAAACGUCGAUUAAGUGUUGCCAUAGCUCUUAUUGGUGAUCCGAAGUUAGUCAUCUUAGAUGAACCGACAACUGGAAUGGAUCCAAUAACAAGGAGGCACGUAUGGGAUAUCAUUGAGGGUGCAAAGAGAGGACGUGCCAUUCUUUUGACAACACAUUCUAUGGAAGAGGCUGACAUCUUAAGUGACCGCAUUGGAAUCAUGGCAAAGGGAAGGCUCCGUUGCAUUGGAACCUCAAUCAGGUUGAAGUCGAGAUUUGGUGCUGGCUUUGUCGCGAAUGUUAGUUUUGCCAAUGGCAACGGCGGACAGACUCCUAAUGGUAAUGGGGUAUUGACUACCCCAACUGGCCAUGAAGAAAUUAAGCACUUCUUCAAAUCGCGCUUGGACAUUCUACCCAAGGAAGAGCACAAAUCUUUUCUAACUUACAUCAUUCCUCAUGACAGAGAAAAGCUUCUGACGAGGUUCUUUGAUGAACUUGAAGAGAGAAAGGGAGAGCUUGGAAUAUCUGAUAUCCAACUCAGUCUUACCACCCUUGAAGAAGUAUUCUUGAACAUUGCAAAACAAGCAGAGUUGGAAAGUGCUGCAGCUGAUGGAACUAUGGUGUCUCUGACUCUAACAACAUCUGGCCACACUGUUGAGAUACCAGUAGGAUCAAGAUUUGUGGGAAUUCCAGGGACAGAGACAGCAGAGAACCCAAGCGGGAUAAUGGUAGAAGUUUACUGGGAACAAGAUGAUUCAGGUUCCCUCUGCAUAUCCGGUCACUCCGAAGAAAUGCCAGUGCCCCCUAACGUACAGCCGUUAGCUUCCCUAAGAUCCCUCUCUUUGAGAUCAGCUUCACAGAGACGUCGUUUUGGAGAGAGAGGCCCAGUCCAUGGCAUUGUUUAUGACCCUGAACAAGCAGCUGCUUAUAAUUCUCGUUGAGUCUAAAUCUACCGCCCUUUCUCAUGCUUCUACUAUUUGCAUUGUAUAUUUUUAAUUUUAUAUCAUUAUCGUAUAUAAUGUUUAAAUUUAGUGUAGAGUUUUUUGAGCUUGAUUCGUUGGAGCUGUAAUGUUCUACUUCCUUGCCUAUUUUCAUGGUAAUUUAUUGUAUGAAUAAAAUAUAAGUACUAUCCACGGUAUUCUAUU